UGAAAUGGACCCUGAAAUAGUAGUUGAAAUAGAACCUGAAAUCGACCCUGAAAUUGUACGUGAAAUUGUACUUGAAAUGGAACGUGCAUUGGACCACCCUGAAAUCGUACUAGAAAUAGUACGUGAAAUGGAAGCUGAAAUUGAAUCUGCUCCCCAAAAUCCCAUUAAUGAACCUCCUGAAAUUGAUCAGCAACAACAAACAAAUAAUUCUAUUAUACCAGCAACAACCCCAUUAACAAAUAAUGACAGCAAAGUUGAUUCAGCGGACCAAAAAAAUUCUUCAGGAAGGUGUAAAUAAGGCAUAAUUUCAUAUUGUUGUAUAAAUACGUUUAAUU